UGUACACUAGGCUUAAGAAUAGAAAAGGAAGUAGGAGGGAAGGAAACUUCAAAAGAACCGUAUGGAGGGGGGGAUUCUUUUAAGGCAGGGCCUCCUCUGAAGCCGGAGGCCCGGGGGGGCCCUUUAGGGCCCCCGCCCCUCUUAAGGGCCCCUAAAUCUGUAACCACAAGGGAAUUAACACUUCCUAAAGCAAGUUGUGUGCACUUAAUUAGUAAGAGGGAAGUUUAUCUUCUGCAAGGAACUAAUAAUCUCGCACAUCUAGGGCAUCAUCGAGAAGAUCGUUCACCUCAAAAUACCAACAUGGAUCUGCAAAGUUUGCAAGCUGAUACUGAGUAUCGUAUAACGGUAGUUAAAUCGUCUACUUCACUAGAAUAUGGAGGGGAUCGAAGAUCAACUGCCCCAGGAUGUAGUCUACAUCCCAAUAAAGAAACUAUAGGAACAAGUCUAACUUCGUUGGGUAUGUUACUAAACAGUAACUUGGGAAUUUAUGUCAGGCCUCUCUUGUCUUAUAACCCGGUAACAGAGGAGAUACGUGUUGGCCCCCUAAAGGUCAAAGUGGCGUCUACCUUUGGUAUAACAAUGAGACAGCUGAUUACUAUGUAG